AUGCGCCGGAUACAGAGAGAGAGGUUACAUCGCAGCCCCCCGAAAAACUGCCCCACCUACUGGAUGAGGACAGAGAAGCUGCACACUCGCAGCCCACUACAUACACACCUGCCCCAGCUAAGUGUUGAUCAGACCCUGUGGAGUGACCAGGAGAGAUCAGACAUGGAGACACCGACGGAUUCCGAGAAAUCUCACCUAAUUCACGAGAGAAACACCAAAUCCUACUCUCUUCAUCUCCAAAGCGAAUUCCCCGGUUCCAAAGGUCAGGUGUAUGAGAACGGAGACGCUCCCGGAGCCAUCGAGUUGAAGAGGCCGGUCGGAGCGCACUGCCAUGGAAGCAAAGCUCAGGUGGAGGAGAACCGGGAUAAACUGGUGGCUAAAAAGAAGCUGUACAUUGCUUCGAUAGUCUGCCUGGUCUUCAUGAUUGGGGAGGUGAUCGGUGGAUAUCUCGCCCACAGCCUGGCCAUCAUGACCGACGCCGCUCAUCUCCUCACAGAUUUUGGGAGCAUGAUGGUCAGCCUUUUCUCCCUGUGGAUUUCCUCUAGACCACCAACCAAGACCAUGAACUUCGGGUGGCACAGAUCAGAGAUUUUAGGAGCGCUAAUAUCCAUCAUGUCGAUCUGGAUAGUGACCGGCGUGCUGGUGUACCUCGCUGUGGAGAGAAUCGUAAGAAACGAUUACGAAAUCGAUGGCAGAGUGAUGCUGCUUACUUCAGGAUGUGCUGUUGUGGUCAACAUCAUAAUGGCGUACAUCCUGCACCACUCCACCAACUUUCACGGGACAGAAUCCGGCUAUCACAAGAUCACCGAAAACGGGAUGAGUCCCGUGGGUCAUGGCCACUCCCAUAGUCUCCUGGGGGGCCACGGAAACACCAGCGUCAGAGCGGCGUUCAUACAUGUUCUGGGCGACCUGUUGCAGAGCUUCGGGGUGAUGAUCGCCGCCAUCAUUAUCUACUUGCGGCCCGAAUACAAAAUCGCCGAUCCCAUUUGCACCUUCUUGUUCUCUUUGUUCGUCCUGGGAACAACGCUCACCAUUCUCCGCGAUGUCUUUCGCAUCCUCAUGGAGGGUGCACCCAGAGGAAUCGAAUUCAACUCCGUAAAGGAAGUGUUGCUAUCGCUGAAAUCUGUGAAGGCCUUGCACAGUCUGCAUUUGUGGGCUCUAACCCUCGGACAGACCCUGGUUUCUGUUCAUGUGGCCAUCGAGGAAAAUGCAGAUCCUCAGAGCGUCCUCAAGGAAGCAACCGAGCUCCUCCAGACCAAGUUUGGCUUCUACAGCACCACCAUCCAGGUCGAGCCCUACAGCGAGGACAUGGCCUACUGCACCAUGUGCCAGGAUCCCACGGAAUAACGUGGGGAGGAAAAGUAGACAAGGAAAAUGCAUCAAAUACAUUGUUUCUAAAGUUGGAUUAUGUCCAGAAAUGCUGCCGGGGCAUUAGCAGGCACUUUCUUUUUGAUUAUAUAUAAAUAUAUAUAAAUAUAUCUCAAUUAUUCAUACAUACAGAAAUACUGCCAUCCUCGAAUGUUUCUGAAAUGACAAAUACGCUCUCCCGGCAUCCCAUAAUAAUAAAUCCACAUUCCGUUCCAAUAUCCCAGAGUAUUCUUGAGAAUUCCGCCAUUAUUCAUAUAACUAUACAUAUCCAAUCUCACACUUUAUUCCAAUAGCGUUCUGAUCAUAAACGAUCGAAUGGCCAUCAAUUACACGUGCAAACUAUUCAGAAGAUGCCUGGAUGGAUAUCAUUUCGUUUAUGGUAUAUUUCAAUUGAAAUGAUCUAUUUUAAUAUAUUUU